GUCGCAUGCAAGUGACGUAACAGGCAUGGCACGUUUGUAGCACAUGAAUUCACAAACAUUACUCCAGAAAUAACGUAAUAUGGGGAAGAACAAACAGAAAGGAAAAAAACAGCAGAACGUCUUCGAAGUGGCAAACAGGCAUCUGAGGAUGAAGAAGAAAGCGAAACCUGUCACAACGGCUCUGAAAAACAUCAAUGCAGUGAAAAAUGAGAAGGUGGAGAACCUAAACCAGAUAUUUACAGAGAUCCAGAGGGACGUGCAGAGCAUUUCAAAGGCUGUUGCUCCUCAAACAAAGAAACAAACACAGGUUCCUAAAGAGCCACCAAAGGAACCGGCAAAUGUUGACAGCGCUGCUCAGCUCUUCUCUCAGCUUUAAUGGAUUGGUGCUGAUGGCGAAUUCAUCAUUAAAUGUCCAAACAAGGACUACAGAAAUUAUUUUAGUAUAAAGAUGUUAAAAUCUUGGCUGUAGCUGAUGAAGUUUGUACACUUGCAGUAUAGAGGAAGAUUGUUGUCUUAAUUUGUUCUUGAUUCAUUUUUUCAUUUUGCACAGAAUAAAAAUUGAACGAUAAACUGC